UUUACCUGUCCACAGACGUGUUUACCUGACGACGUGUUUUCCCUCGCUUCACCGUCUCUCUCUCAACGCUCGUGUGUGCCUGUGUAAGUGCCUGGAGUGAGAGUGCGUCAGUGUGUGUGUGUGCAUAUUCAAUUAAUUACAAAAAGGCACAAGAAGAAGCACAAGAAGCGGCAGGCAGCAGCAAGUGAAUUGAAUGAAAGAAAGCCAGUUAAAAAGUAUGCAAAAAAGUUUCGUGAUACAAAAGGAGUGAAGAAGCGGCGGCAUAAAUGGUGAUUAAUUCACUUUAAGUUGCAAUUAAACAGCAGCAGCAGCAGCGGCAGCAACAACAACGAGCCAGCUAGCCAGCGAGCCAGCGCAAGGUGCAAGACAAGAUUGGAUGCGAUUCUCGAACGUCAUGGUAUGAAGGAGCCGACGAACACUUUGGAUGAAAUUGUGCCCAGCAGGCUGACGUCAGCCGAACUGAGGGCGAUGGCAUUGAGACAGCAGCAGCAAAUCGACAGCCAGCACCAGCUGCUGGCCACCAAGGAGCAGCGCCUGCGCUUCCUCAAGUCGCAGGAGGUGCGCAGCGCCGUUGCCAGUGCGGAGGGCGAACGGCUCCGUCGGCUAAGGGAGCGCGUGGAGGCACAGGAGUCCAAGUUGAGGCGCCUGAGAGCGUUGCGGGGUCAAGUGGACCUGCAGAAGACCUACAAUGUCACGCUGAGCAAUGACUUGGACUCUAUACGAGCCUUGUUUAGUGAGAAGGAAAAGGAGCUUAGCUUGGCGGUGGCCAAAGUGGAGGCUUUAACCCGCCAACUGGAGGAGCUAAGACGUGACCGCCGAUGUCCAGUGAAUCUACUGGCAGCCACAGGCAAUGGCGUGGGCCAAGCCCUGCCACCGCAGGCUUCCCGCGAACUGGAGAAGCUGCGACGCGAAUUGAUGUAUCGCAACCAGCUGUCGCUGCAACAGGACGCCAGGUUGCACAUGCAACGCGAGGCCUUGCAGCAAAGGCAGGCGGAGCUGCGCUCCGUGGACCAGCGCAUCUACGAGCUGCAGACGCGCCUGCAGCGCAAGAAGCAGGCCAAUACCCAUCACCAGCAGCAGCAGCAGCACCAGCAACUCCAGCAGGUGCAGCAACAGCAACAACAACAGGUGCAACAACAGCAGCAGCAGCAGCAGUUGCAUGUUCAGUCGGCACAAUUGCUGGCGGCAGCAGCAGCAGCCUCAGCACAGCAGCAACAGCAACAACAACAGCAGCAGCAACAUCAACAGCAGCAGCAACAAAAGCAGCAACAGACCUUGGCCUACCAGCAACCCGGACAAACUGGCAAACAUGGCGGCGGAGUGGCCGCCUUGAAGCAGCAACUCCUCCAGAAACAGGUCAACCAGCUGGCAGCCGCUGCUGCUGCCGCUGCCGCUGGACGAGCACGUGGCAAUGUGGCUGCCGUGGAGCCCUUCAUCCACACGCCCCAAAAGUCGACCAUCACCAGCACGGCAAGCUAUCUUAGUGGCGGGAUGAAGCAUGCGGCGGCCACGGCCAAUACCAACCAGCAGAACCAGCUCAUCCAGGAUCUGACGCAUGUCAAGAACAGUGGUUUCUUUGCGGGAUCCGUGCCCGUUUCCGUGCCAGUGCCAGUGCCCAGUUCCAGCAGUGAGAGUGAUGAGUCCAAGCUGGCCAAGAAAUCCAAGUCAGAGGCGGAGCUGCGCAAGCAGGCUCAAACCGAAGCCAUGGAUAGUACCACACAUAUCUAUGCGGAGGUGGGACCCAAAAAGAGGGAUAGAGAAGCGGCAGCAGCGGCGGCAGCAGCAGCAGCAGCAGCAGCUCAAGCAACAGCUGAGGCAGCAGCAACCACAGCAGCAGCGGCGGCAGCAACAGCCACAUCCCCGCCAGCUUCAGCCAGCAAAAUCCCGAAAAGCAUCUCCUCCUCCAGCAGCUCAGCCUCCGCCUUGAUCAGCAAGCUCAACCAGGCCACGGCCAAGGACAGCAGCCACCAGGAUCAGCAGCAAAAGAAGAAUGAGAUUUCGGUGACCAGCGAAACCCUAUCGGAGCGCAACACCCAGCAGCAGCUCACCGUGCACAGCAUGCCCCUGGGAGCUGUGAGUAAAUCCGUGGCCAUGGCCGUCUCCAAUGCCGCCUCCAAGCCUCUCCAAGUUCAAGUAAGCAACCUGGCAGUGCCGCCCCGCAAGCCCAUCAGCAGUGUGGCGCCCACUUCGGUGUCCAGCGGUGGCAGCUCCAUACCCAAGAUGAUAACCUACAGUCCCAAGGUGAACCGAGUGGCGCCCAAUGUGGUGAUGACGGAUCCCAGGCCGGCGUUGCCACCCAAGCCCAGCAAGAUGUCGCCCACCGAACAGCCCUCGCCAGUGGAGGUUACAUCAACAGCCUCCACAGGAGCGGGAGCGGGAACUGGAACAACAGGAGGAGCUGGAGCUUCAUCAUCGUCGGGAUCUAGCAAAACCCAAGCAGCCACCUUUGGCCUGCAAUCCCUGAACAUCAACGACAACUUGCCCAUCAAGGCCAAACCGCUGACCAUUCGCAAGCAGCCGCUGUUCGAGCAACCGCGUCUCAAGGCCGCCUCCAAUGGCGGGCAGCCGAAGCAGCCAGCGCUUCUGCAGCUCCAGAGUCAAAGGAAAUCGGAACCAGGAGCCAUCAGACAGACAACAGAGGCCUUGAAGACGACAGCUUCGCCGGAAGCCUCGCCCCAGCACUCGCCCAGCAGCGGCGGUGAAUCCAGUGCCGAUGAAACAGAUCGCAUGGUGGCCCCAACGGCGGGUCAGCAGGAGGCCACCACAUCCCCAUCUGCCGGCAGCACUACAACCACAACGAGCAACAUCAAGGAGCGAACUGGAACUGGCAACAAGCCCAAGCUGGCACGUCGCGUCAGCUUUGAUCCCUUGGCCCUGCUCUUGGACGCCAGCUUGGAGGGUGAACUGGAGCUGGUAAAGAAGACGGCCAUGCAGGUGGCGAAUCCCAGUGCGGCCAACGAUGAGGGCAUCACUGCCCUCCACAAUGCCAUCUGUGCGGGACACUUUGACAUUGUCAAAUUCCUGGUGGAAUUCGGUUGCGAUGUGAAUGCCCAGGACUCGGAUGGCUGGACGCCACUGCAUUGUGCCGCCAGCUGCAAUAACCUGUCCAUGGUCAAGUUCCUGGUGGAGAGCGGCGCCUGUCUGUUUGCCUCCACGCUCUCAGAUCAUGAAACGCCGGCGGAGAAGUGCGAGGAGGAUGAGGAGGGCUUUGAUGGCUGCUCGGAGUAUCUUUAUAGCAUUCAGGAGAAGCUGGGCAUCCUGCACAAUGGCGACGUGUACUCCGUGUUCUCCUACGAGGCCCAAAACGGCGAUGAGUUGUCCUUCCAUGUGAAUGAGCCGCUGAUCGUGCUACGCAAGGGCGACGAUGCCGAGAACGAGUGGUGGUGGGCCCGCAAUGCCAGCGGCGAGGAGGGCUACGUGCCCCGGAACCUCCUAGGGCUGUACCCACGUGUGCCGCCGCAGUCACCGCACUUCAGCGAUUAGCAGUUAAUACGCUUCACCAUUCUGAAGCGCAAGGCCGGGAGACUCAUCCAGAAGCGUUACAUAUCCAAGUACAUCUAGGAAGCUGAAGAUUCUGAGCACGUGCCGCUGCCGCAGGAGUCAUUGGGGAAUUAUUUAUCACAGCUCGAAAUGUUUUCUUUUUGUUUACUUUUUGUUUUGGGAAAAGCAACACAAAGGGAUGCGAAAGCUGGUAAAAGUCAGAGGAGCUGCGCCCAUAUGCUCAACCAUAUGGAAUGGCACCAACUGCAGCAGCUUCCGGCUUGGCCAUUUAUCUCGACGACUGGCCCCAAUUAGCAGGCACAGAGUUACACACAAACACACUGGACGAACAGGACCACAUAUCCACCACCUCCCCCUGCAUAUGUACAACCGCAAAUUGAAUUUCACUUAAGCUCCUUAGCUUUAAGGCCUAGACUAAUGCCAAUAACUCACCAUCAGCCGCCUGCUCGCCACACAAGAAACUUCACCUUCGAGCUGGGAAAAAGCUUUGAAAUUGAAAAGCGAGAAAAGCAAGAAAAGCGAGAAAAGCCAUCGAAGGAGUUUUGUUAAUUGCAUAUAUCAAGUUAGCACUUAAAAGCCUAAUUGAACUCGAACCAAGUUCAGUAAACAUUUAAUGGUAAAGCGAAUACGAAGACAUAACGAAUCGAAUGUGAUUUUUGUAUAAAGACGAGAAUAAUUUAAACAAUUUGUAUCGAAUAUAUAUGGAGGGUUCGCAUUAUUAGGUUAUACUAAUUAAUUUUAUUUUAAAAUUAACUCUAAUAUUAUCUUUAACUCUAAUUUAACUUAAUUACACUUAAUGUAACAAUCGAUUGCUUAAUUCCUAGCUCUUAAGGACCAAGCCCCACACACCCCCACUACUUAAAAUGCAACAAAAUACGUUUGAAAAAUGAAAAUAAAACAAUUAAGAAAGCUUGA